CUUGACUUUACAAUUCAACAUUAUCCCGUGGCCUAAUGGACGUCUAGCGGCGACAACGGCCAUCAAUCCGCCCCUUCUCAUCUCUUCCGAGACAGACAAUGGCGCCACUCGCCCCAAAGCACAACCUCGACAGCUUGGGUAAGAGGAUGUCCGCGUAUGCGCCCUCCCCAGUUGUCGCCGGAAGCACCAAGCCCGCUUUCAAGCUCGCACGGCCUCCAGACAUGUCGGGCAUGAGGAUGGGUGAGGCCGUCAAGAUCCCUCCGCUGUCCGCCCCCGUGAGACCUACGUCGCGGCAACCUUCCCCCUUCGCCGCCGCCUCGGCGCCCUCUAGAUUGGCCGCCAGCACGUCUCAGAGCAGCGCACCUUCCCCCGCAUCGGGCAAGUAUAGCCCCAAGCUGGACGCGCUUCCUAUCGAGACCGUGAAGGCCAUGCUUGUCAAGCAGAUGGAGACCAAGAUGGCGCUCAUGGAGAAGCGCGAGCGAAUCCUAGAAGGCGACAGUGAUCCCGAGCUCUUUGGGGAAGACGCUGAUCUUCUCAAAGCGCAGAUUAACCUGUUAACCUCGCGCAUUGCGGAGGUAAAGAGUGCUAUCGCAGCGCGCGAGUCACAAGCUCCGUCCAGCAGCAACACGAGUCGGUCACACAUGGACACGCCCACACAUCAACCCCGCAGUCCUGCUGUUUUGGCAUCUCACCACGCCGCCCGUCCGCAGCCUUUGCGGCCCCAUAUUCAGCCAGAGGCUGGGCCUUCUCGCCCGCGCACCCUAGUGCCAGACAGCAGUCCGCCUCCAACUCCAGAUGUCGAGGACAUGGAGGACACCGAAGGGAGAGACAUUGAGCCGAGAGAGACUCUUGAGUGGGAAGUGGAGUCCGAAGACGUGCCUCGGACACCUCCGUCACGCUCGGCGCCUCGGCGCAAGGCGCCGUUGGGUGCCGCGAUCGACCGUACGGCUGCACUCGCCGAAUUUGCAGAUAUCGACGUCAGCAUGCUCAACUCCUCUCCACCGAGGUCCCCAGAGCCCCCCAUUAGAUCCGAGGCUUCAGCAACCCGAUCUGUGCAGAGUGCAGUCGUCGUCUCUCCCAAGGGCCCGAUGCCAUCGCAGGCGCCGUGGCCGAAACCUGCUCCCCCGUCCGCCGUCAAACAGCGAGUGCAGUACGGCUGGACCAAGGAGAUCCGAAAUAAACUGCGACAAGUUUUCAAGAUUACAGACUUUCGCACCAACCAAGAAGACGCCAUCAACGCGACCAUGGAAGGCAAGGACGUGUUCGUCCUCAUGCCGACUGGCGGUGGCAAAAGUUUGACUUACCAGCUCCCAGCGAUAUGCACGUCUGGCAAGACGAGGGGGGUGACAUUUGUAAUCUCUCCUCUCAUCUCACUCAUCAACGACCAGACCCGUCACCUUAUAAAACGCAACGUGCCCGCCAUUGCGUACACGGGCGAUCUGACGGCGGCGGACAAGAACUUGGCGCACGCCGAACUCUCUCGAGCGGAGCCGUAUACCAAGGUUGUCUACGUCACGCCAGAAAUGAUGAGCAUGGGAGGCCGCAUCAAAGGGAUCAUUCGCGAUUUGAUUCGCCGUAACCGGCUUGCCCGCUUUGUCGUCGAUGAGGCGCACUGUGUCAGCGCGUGGGGUCACGAUUUCCGCGACGAUUAUAUCAAGCUGGAACUUCUGCGCAAAGAGUACCCCAGCAUCCCAAUCAUGGCUCUGACAGCCACCGCGCCUGAGAAAGUGCAGGCGGACAUCAAGAAGGUCCUCGGCAUUGAAGGCUGCGUAAUGAUUCAGCAGUCGUUUAAUCGACCCAAUCUCUACUACGAAGUGCGGCCAAAGCUGAAGAAGGUCAUGACCGACAUUGCCGACUUCAUCGGUGUGCAGCCCCCUGGUGCAAGUGGGAUCAUCUACUGCUCGUCGCGCGAGAAGUGCGAAGUCUUGGCCAAGGAGUUGCGCGACAAGCACAACAUCCAGGCAUGGCACUAUCACGCUGGCAUGUCCAAAGGUGAUCGCCGUAAGGUGCAAGAGGGUUGGCAGGACCACAAGUUUUCAGUUAUUGUUGCAACGAUCGCGUUCGGUAUGGGCAUCGACAAGCCGGAUGUGCGAUAUGUCGUUCACCACUCCCUUCCCCGCUCGCUGGAAGGUUACUACCAGGAAACAGGCCGCGCCGGACGUGAUGGCCAUGCAUCAACGUGCCUCCUCUUUUACAGUUACGCCGACUCAAAGAUCGUCAUGCAGCUCAUUGAUCGCGAUGCGAACCUCGACCGCAACCAGAAGGAGCGGCAGAGGAACGCCAUGCGCGAGGUCCUUCGGUUCUGUACCAACAAGACCGAUUGCCGUCGCAGCCAGAUCCUGGCGUUCUUUAACGAAGACUUCAAGAGAGAAGAUUGCGGGCAAGCCUGCGAUGUGUGCGCCAAUCUCGACCAGAACAAGAUUCAGGUUAGGGACGUCUCGGACGCAGCCAAAAUGGCCAUCAACAUGGUGAAGGCAUUCGGGCCGAGGGACAGGAUUACCCUCAUCAACGCCGUCGACUGCUUCCGUGGAACAAAUGCCAACUCGGAGAAAGGCUUCGGACAGAACCCUCACUUUGGCUGUGGCAAGGACUGGGAUCGUUCAGAGGCUGAGCGCUUGCUCCAAAAUCUCCUGAUUAACCAAGCGCUAGGCGAGUUCCACACCACGAAUGGAGCAGGGUGGAAUAACUCUUACCUCAAGUUGGGUUUGGAGGCUAAUGCCUAUCUGAACGGGCGCAAGAAGCUCGUGAUGGACUUUCGUGAGGCGUCUCCAAGGAAGACUAAAGCUUCCAAAUCCAGCGCCGGCCGAGCAUCGGGGGACGGAGCUGGACCAAUCGUUCCGCUGGCGCAGAGAAAGAAAGCCGCGGCCAAGACGACGACGGCUUUAUCGCGGAAGCGGUCCCGCCAGGAGGUGCUGGAAGAAGGGCAGGGCUUCUAUGGCAGCGACGAAGACCCGGACUGGGACCCGAUAAUGGCAACCGACAGAGAUGAUGAAUCGGUCGCGGACAUAAGCAGUCCUCCAAAGCGGCCUCGGCGCUCAGCGGUCAAUGCACAGAGUGCAUCGGAACAGUGCUUGGAUGGCUUGCGCAAGCUUCGCAAUAAGAAAUCCCUGCUACUGCCUGACGAAACUCUGCAAACUAUUGCCGCCAUAAUGCCGCCUAACAUGCCAGCCCUGUACGAGGUUGAGGGCUUGUCGCGGAAGGAUGCAGACGUACGUGGACUGCGGAGAUGCACGUCGCACUCCCACCACGCGACGGAAACAUUCUCGCUAACAUUAGUUGUAUGGAACCAAGAUUCUUGGAGUUACCACAAAUUUCGUGCAAGAUCACAGAGCUCAGGAAGCGCCGAAUGUUCCGGCUCCCGCCAGGCGGCCGCAGUCGUUGCCCAACACUGCAAGAAGACUGGGGCGGGGGGUCGGGGUCGGCGGAAGUACACUCUCCAACCUGCAAGCGUACGUGUUCAGCAAUGGGAGUGGUUCGAUACGACGUGUUGGAGUAGCAGCAGCUGGGACGGUGGCAUUGGCGAAGCCGGGGACAUCCACCGGCCCGCGUUUUUAAUGCGAGCCGAUCUCAGGUUAUGAGGCGCGCAUGAGCAAUUUGGGGCGGCGUUGCGAGAUGGCGUCGUAGCGUGUGAUGAUAUGUACGCAAGCCAUGUCGGAGGUAUGUGGUUUUCGGGAGCAGGGGUCGCAUGUCAUGGAUUAAGUUCGGGUAGGGAUUGGGCUCAGGUCACAGCAUGAACCGACUGCCGGGGACGUAUGUAAUACAGUG